AUGCUCACCAAUCCUAAUCCUAAUGAUCAAUUAGAAAAUUAUAAAUUGUCAUUAUAUAAGGAAAUAUAAUGCAAUCUGAAGAGGUCUUAAUUUUUAAAGAAAAAAGAUGUAAUUAGUAGAUUAACAAAAAUAGAAUAAAAGGGUAGAAAAUUUUCUAAAUGUAUAACAGAUUUUUGACAAUGGGCCCAGAUUAGCCAUUAUUAAACCAUCCUUGACUAAGGAAGAAUCAAAUCCAACCAUGGGUGGCGAUGGAUCAACUGCUAGUUCUUAUAGCAGAGAUUUAAGAGAAAAUAUGAGCAGAGAGUCGAUCAUAAAAUGUUAUCCAGGUUUAGCUAUCUAAAUUCUGGAUGCAAUUUCAGCAUUAUCUGAUAAUUAAUAGAGAGGUAAAGUAAUCAAACAUUUUCUUUCCAUUUCCACCACAUAUUACAAAUACGAAAGAAUGAGAUUCAUUGAACAAUUUCUCCCUAAAGACCUCAUUUAAUAUCUUAAAACCAAUUACUCGCUUGAUAUUUUUAAAUAAUUGAACGAUUCCUACAAAAUGGUACUUAUAAUCAUAAAACCUAGCAAUUAGAUCAAUCAAUUUCGAAUGUUUUGUUUUUUGAGGCUGGAAUUGAAACAGAUAUCAAACCUCUUUACAACUCUUCAUUCUUAGCUUCUUAACUGUUGUUUAUGUACUCUUCAAAUUAUUAUAGUAAGUUUAUUUAUUCUAUUUAGAGAAAAUUAUCCAAAAUAGAGAAUGAUAUUUUUAAAUUUUACUGGCAUCUAGAAUAAUGAUGCCGAGCUUCACCAAUAGUUCUCUAAGGAAGAGUGUCUCUACAUUUCAUUAUAAAGAAAAAACACCAGAAAUAUUCAAAAUUCAACUCAAAUGUUGAGUUAAAAUGAAACUAACUUUAAGAUCAUAUACCUUGAAGAAAAUCAGUAGGAAUUAACGUGGUAAUAAUUUAGAAUUAUUUACAAAUACUAAAUCAAAAAGAAUAUCAAAAGUUUUAAAUCAAAUUUAUUCAUUCUAUCAAUUGCGAAACAACUUGACUGCGUAAUUUUUUAUAGUAUCAUAGUAAAGUUACUUCAAAUUUUCUGAGGAUUGCAUAAUCAAGAUGAUAUCAAGGUUCUCAAUACUAGCCAAAGAUAAAUUGAUAAUACAUUCCUAUAUUAGCAAAGGUUUAUCUCAAAAUCAAAAUUAAAAGGCUUAAACUGCAGAAUUAAUAACUUACAUCAAUAGUUUAGAAUAAGGUAUUUUGUCUCAAGACAUAUUUCUGAAUCAAGACAAGUUUGAGAUGUAAACAGACAGCACACAAUUAAGAUAUUUUGAUAAUUGGGUUGAAAAAUUAAUCCAAGGAAAUAUUAAAAUUUUGAAGCCAGAAUAGCAAGAAUUAUUUCAAAGAGAAAGGAGAAAUUUAAUGCUUGACUCCAAAAAUCAAUUAGUCGAAGAUCUACCCGCCAUUAAACUUGGAGUUUAUAUUUUUAAAGAUAACGAAUAAUGUUAGUUGGAUCAGAUUAUUUACUUAACUCAUGAUAAUCAGAAUCUCUAGUUUUUCACUAACUCCAUAUUAUAUGUAGAUUAUAUUGGAAAGUAAAUCGUCUUGUUGCAAUAUGAGGAGCCGACGUAUUAUGUAUAUCAUACAAAAUUUAAUGACAAUAAUUUAUAUAAUUGGAUACCAUAGGAUUAAAAUUGGUAAAUUUGAUUAUAAUUAUAAAUUAGUUAAAGGAUAAACUUGUCAGAACUAUUAGAAGAUUAAGAUAACUUGGAUGAAUCAAUUAUUUUCAACUCUUCAUUAAUCGUAAAAGAUGAGAAAGCUUAUAUUAUUUAUAACAAGGACGCUUCUAAAAUCUUUAUGAUUGAGUUGAAUAAUUCUUCUGCAGUUGUUUUGAGAAGAAGGGAUUUGAGAAGCGAGAGAAUAAAAUUUAAUCCUUAAGAAAAGUCUUAGAGAAUAAUUCAUUAAAGUUAGGCGAAGGUUGAGAAAAUAGUUUAGAAUAGAAGAAAGCCUACUAUUGUUUCAUACCCUUGUGUUGAAGGAUUUGAUUUUAUAAUUUUCGGAGGAGAAUUUGUUAAGUAUCAAUAUGUUGAAAUAUUUAAGUUCCAAUUAGUUUUGUAAUCUUGUAGAAUUGAUAUAAGUUGAAAGUGAUGGUUUUUCUUCAGUGACUAUUCCUAAAGAUAUGCUAUUUCACAAAUGUGGUUAUUACAUCCCUUGGCCAAACAUGAUAGUUUUAGUAAAUUCUACAUCGCCGAAAUAAUAUGUACUAUUGCCUGGUGAUUAUAAUAACAAGAUUUAUUGUUAUAAUUAAGUCAUCAAUAAGGAGCAUCAAGAAAAAGCAAUAUUAAUGACGUAAGGUAAAGAUAAUUUACAAUUCUAAAUUGACUAUUUGAAGAUUGAGUAUCAGGUUAAGUAGGUUGAAAUAAAUAAUUAGUAGAUUGAGUUGGAUGAAUAAAAUAUCAAAAAAAGAAAACCGAUUCCUAUUUAAUAUUUUUCAGGAAAUUAAACUAAUAUUAAGAGUGAGGAAUCAUAUUGGCGCAUUGCUAUCACCAUGUUAGAGACUGCUUAAUCCAAAAUUAUUUAGCUAUUUGUAUUGGCUGAAAUUAAGAUUGAGAUUGAAGGUUAAAGAAAGCAAUUAAUAAUUACAUAAUCAAUGGAAGAAAUUGUUUGCCAUGGAAUUACAUAAUAAAAAAAAAAUUUCGCUUUUGAUUAAUAAAAUAUAAAAAUAUUGUAAUCCAAUGAUAGUUAAAUCUCGCCUAAUUAGGAAGAAUACUAAAGUAAUAAGGAUGAUAAAAGUACGAAAUCCUAAUUCAAUUGA